AGGGAGGGAACCGGGAAGGGCCCGCAGACCAGACGCUGAGCGCUCCGGUGCGCAGCGCCCCACGCAGCCGGGACCCGGCGCCGCUCUGCGCGUGGAACCGCCGCGCGCUCCCGGCCUCGGGAGCUGAGCUCGAGAGAACUUCGCUGCCUUCGGGUCGCCGCUCCCGCUUUCCACUGUGGAAUGUGCAGCUUGGGAUAAAGAGAAACCAGGGUUUGGGGAGCGGUCCUCCUGGAGACUUUCUCUCCGCAGGUCUCCAAGGUUAAGCAAUUCUGACCCACUGGAAUUCCCAGAGCCUGGGAGUUAAGCCUAAAACGCUCUGUUGCUUUAAGCGGCGCGGUGGGGAGUCGCUGGACACUCCUUAUUUUGGUUUUACAUUAAAAAGAAGGCGGACGAGAAGAUGUUGUAGGUGACUUCCUAGCUGUGUUAUGUUGCUCCUGGGCUGUGAAUGGUGUUAAUUUCUGAAGUGGGCGGCUCCAAAAACUUAACAAGGAAAGCUUAGGUAACGGAGGCCUUGGAAGGAGACUCUGCGUCAGGUCACCCAGCAGAGAUCAGCAAUCCUUGGCUCACUGAGGAGGUUUGGAUUUGCCUUAAAGGACACGCCAAAAAUUGAACAGAGAAAUCCCAAGGAAGCUGCCUGAAUUCGCCUGUAUACUCUCGUUCUGCAUCUUAUAAAGGACCAGACAAAUCACAUUCGUGGUUUUGGUUUCCGCCAGCUGUGGAUGCCUUUUACAUUAUGACCGCAGAGGAUUCCACCGCAGCCAUGAGCAGUGACUCGGCCGCCGGGUCCUCGGCCAAGGUGCCCGAGGGCGUGGCAGGCGCGCCCAACGAGGCGGCACUGCUGGCGCUGAUGGAGCGCACGGGCUACAGCAUGGUGCAGGAGAACGGGCAGCGCAAGUACGGCGGCCCACCGCCGGGCUGGGAGGGCCCGCACCCGCAGCGCGGCUGCGAGGUCUUCGUGGGCAAGAUCCCGCGCGAUGUGUACGAGGACGAACUGGUGCCCGUGUUCGAGGCUGUGGGCCGCAUCUACGAGCUGCGCCUCAUGAUGGACUUCGACGGCAAGAACCGCGGCUACGCCUUCGUCAUGUACUGCCACAAGCACGAGGCCAAGCGCGCAGUGCGCGAGCUCAACAACUACGAGAUCCGCCCGGGUCGCCUGCUAGGCGUGUGCUGCAGCGUAGACAACUGCCGCCUCUUCAUCGGCGGGAUCCCCAAGAUGAAGAAGCGCGAGGAGAUCCUGGAGGAGAUCGCCAAGGUCACCGAGGGCGUGCUGGACGUGAUCGUCUACGCCAGCGCGGCAGACAAGAUGAAGAACCGUGGCUUCGCCUUCGUGGAGUACGAGAGCCACCGCGCGGCUGCCAUGGCUCGCCGCAAGCUCAUGCCCGGCCGCAUCCAGCUGUGGGGCCACCAGAUCGCCGUGGACUGGGCCGAGCCCGAGAUCGAUGUGGACGAGGACGUGAUGGAGACGGUGAAGAUCCUCUACGUGCGCAACCUCAUGAUCGAGACCACAGAGGACACCAUCAAGAAGAGCUUCGGCCAGUUCAACCCUGGCUGCGUGGAGCGCGUCAAGAAGAUCCGCGACUACGCCUUCGUGCACUUCACCAGCCGCGAGGAUGCCGUGCACGCCAUGAACAACCUCAACGGCACUGAGCUGGAGGGCUCGUGCCUGGAGGUCACGCUGGCCAAGCCCGUGGACAAGGAGCAGUACUCGCGCUACCAGAAGGCAGCUAGGGGUGGCGGUGCGGCCGAGGCGGCGCAGCAGCCCAGUUACGUGUACUCCUGCGACCCCUACACGCUGGCCUACUACGGCUACCCCUACAACGCGCUCAUCGGGCCCAACAGGGACUACUUCGUGAAAGCAGGCAGCAUAAGAGGCCGAGGGCGAGGUGCAGCUGGCAACAGAGCCCCGGGGCCCCGGGGUUCCUACCUCGGGGGAUAUUCUGCUGGCCGUGGUAUAUAUAGCCGAUAUCAUGAAGGGAAAGGAAAGCAGCAAGAAAAAGGAUAUGAACUUGUGCCGAAUUUGGAAAUCCCUACCGUCAACCCAGUUGCCAUUAAACCUGGUACAGAAACUCAUGAACAUUUGUCUUUGAUGUGCACUUAUGCCAUUUUCUCUCAGGGACUUGAGCAUCUGAGGAUUUUGGUAUCCAUGGAAGUCCUAGAGCCAAUCCCCUGUGAGGAUACUGAGGGGCAACAGUAUUUCAUCUUUCCCUCAGCCUUCCAGGCCUCUCACUUUCACAAGGUUGCAUCACUGAGUUUGAGGAUGCAGCUCCACCUUACCUCUUCAGUGGCUCUUAUCCCACUUCCUUACAAUAAUUGCUAUUUGCCCGCCCCUCUGCCUUCCUCGCCCCUCUGCCUUCCUCUCCCUUGCUUUUAUGUCUUUGUAUUCCCAACUUCUGGGAGAGGCUUGUUGAAUGAAUUGAUGAUAGGCACAUACACCUGUUCAGGAAGGCUCCUUUUUGUCUCUUCUCCUCAGGGCCGCCCAAUAACUCCAGUAUACACGGUGGCUCCAAAUGUUCAGAGAAUUCCCACUGCCGGAAUCUACGGGGCCAGUUACGUGCCAUUUGCUGCCCCGGCCACAGCCACAAUCGCCACACUACAGAAGAACGCGGCAGCCGCGGCCGCCGUGUAUGGAGGAUACGCAGGCUACAUACCUCAGGCCUUCCCUGCUGCUGCCAUUCAGGUCCCCAUCCCCGACGUCUACCAGACAUACUGAGGCUGGUGACCAGCGCGAAGACAAACCACACGAACACCACUGAAGGAACGCUUGACUAUUUAUGAAGAAGGAACCUGUUGAAUUCGCACAUGCAAUCUGAAAGUGAAGAAUGUUCGCAGAUUUAUUUCUGACAUAUUUUAUAUACAUGAAGUUUUCACUAGUUUUUUUAAGACUAUUUUCAACUUAGCAGGCCUGCGUUUAUACAUUUCCAAAAGACUUGUAAUGGUUCGUGCCUUCAUACCAUCUUUUAAAAAUUUGUAUGCUGUACUACAUUUGUAUAGAGGAUUUUGUUGUUUUUUUUUUUAAGGAUAUAUUUUCAGUAUGAAGGUUAUUUUCUUAACUUCUGCACUCCAGAGAUUUCUAUUUUGUAGUACCUUCAAUAAUAUAUCAACUAUAUAUUAAAAAAGCACACUUGAGCAGCUAGGGAACUAUUUUGAAAAAUAUAUACAAUAUUUAAAGAUACAAACAGUAGUGCUUAAAAAUACUACAUAAAACAUUAUUUUAAAGGUUAUACUGGAAAGUGCAAUUUUAAAAUGAGUAAAAUCUUUGUAUUUCUGCUGGCAUUAAGGGUUGAUGGUGUUACCAUGUAUCAUCAUGGCGGUACUAUUUUUUAAAAGAAACACUGAAUCUCUCCUUAAGCCAACAUUGAAAAGACUUGCCACACUUCUGAGUCCAAACACUGGAACGCUCUCCUUUGCCACCAUUUGCGGGGCUCAUUCUCCAUGUGCCUUAACCUUACACAUGCCCCCACUAUCCCAUCUCUCACCCUGUCCCCUCCUCCCCAAAUUCCCAGGCCCUCCACAAUGUUUGGCCAGCCUAGGACUGAUGAAUAGCUCUGAAAGAGAGAGGAGCUGGUGGCUUUUAUACUUCUUCCUGGGUUUUUGUUGGGGUUUGUUGUUUCGUUGUCUGUUUUUUGUUUUGUUUUGUUUUGGUUGGGGAAGUAUUAUCUUCUCUGUGUGCUAUUUUCAGCAGCAGAGUAAGUACAAGGUUUUAAUCGAGCUGCAUUAGACACCUUUGCCUAGCUAUUUAAUUGCCCAAUAUAAAACUUUAAUGCCAUUUCUAAUGCUUUCAUUCAUUUUUGAAGUAUGAGUUUGUAGGGACAAAGAACGUAUGUUAUCAUAGACAAGACCCCCAGAGACUCUUGUCAGCAGAAAGUUAUGCUUCUAGUUGCCUUACCAUGUUUCAUGCAAAACUGUCCGUGGUCCUCAAGGGUGUUGGAAACAUUUUGUUUAUUAAAUCUCUCUUCCCUUGCUGUGCACUUGAUGGGUGAACUGAAUUGGGGUGUGCACAUCCAGGAGGAGGAGGAGAGACCUGUAGAAGUUUAAAGAUAGUUUGUAAAUAUCUUCUAAUGCUUGUUUUUAGUCCUUUUAUGUUGCAGAAGUUCAUGGUAUGUAGUUUAAUGCAAAAUGAAACCAUUUUAUUUCAAUGUUAUUAAAAAGGUUUGUUUUAUUAGGAAGUUAAUGUAUUGUUGCAGUGUUUUGUGCCUGUUUAAAGGCUUUUGUUUAGCAGAGUGAAUGUAAAAUACAGUAAAAUGUUAAGAUUGUCAUCUACUUUAAAAAUAUGUAUAUCAACUUGGAAUUGUUUUUUAAAGGCUCAAUCAAGGAAGUGAGGUGUGCAAUAAGGUAGCAAGUACACAGUUGCGUUUUUAUGUCAUAUUAGAGAUCCAUACAAUCUUUCCACCAUGGGAUUUUUGUUGAUGGCUGAAUUCUUGUGGAUUCAUAAGAGGAUCAUGCCCUUAGCAAGUACUUUUGUUUUGUUUUAAAUUAAGAGAUUCCCAAAUGCCUUUUCCCCCCUCAUCUUGAGACGAGAUGAGUUUUUAUGUGUAAGCAAUAUUUAUUUAACUAUUCUAUAAAAUUAUUGAGUGCCUCCUGAGGCCUUUAAGCACCCCUAACAUUCCUUUCCAUCAUUCUUUUAAAUGACAUAAAGUAAUUGUGCAAUGUUCCUGAUGAUGUACCCCGCAAGCUGCAUUGAAACUCAAAUCUCUUGGAAUGAGUGACUCAACAAAAUGUAAUUUGAAUCAGAUCCUCAUCCCUUGACUAUAUGAAAAAAGUACUCUCCUUCUAGUGAAGGAUUGUCACAGAGUUUCACUGGAUGAAACCGUGACCCAGUGUUCUUACUGUAUUUUACGUAUGCCUGUAAAUUAUUUGUGAAGAAGAAGAAGAGGAGGAGGAGGAGGAAGAGGAAGAGGAGGAAGGGGAAGAGAAAGGAAGGGAGGAAGGAAGGAAGGAAGGAAGGAAGGAAGGAAGGAAGGAAGGAAGGAAAGAAAAGAAAAAAAACAAUGAUACCUUAACAUGGCAACCACCAAACUCCCUUAAAAACAAAUGUUGGUGACAUAGCUAGUUAAGUAUCAGUGAGCCUCCAAUCUGGGACUUACCUGUUCCUAUUGUUUCAAAACCAUUUCACGUACACUACUGAGAUAAGUUUAUAACUUGAAAUGUGAACUUUUUUUUUUUUUUUUAGUGUUAAGAACAAACUAUAUAAAUGUAAAAAAAAAGUUUUAGAGUUCUGUUUUCAAACAUUGCUAGUGGUUUAGUUAACUUUAGCUGCUUUAUAUUUGAAAAGCUUUUAUUUAGAUCUUGCUCCAUUUACAGUACAUUCUUAGGAUGUAUGUAGUAAAUAAAGCUUUCUUUAAAGCAAUUGCAA